UCGAACGUAUCGCCAUUCCGCCGGAUCGAUCCUCGCCGCAUUCGCCCUUGGAGGAGGGCGAGACGAGGAGGAUGGCGGCGCGCUCGAGUCUCAGAUUCGCGUCCCCCGCGCUCAGGGAGCUGCGUCUGCACCUGAGCCAGAGCUCAGAGGCGAGCCGCGGGGUCAGGGAGUUCAUCGAGGCUCGCUUUGUGACGCUCAAGACGGAGAAUCCCAACCUCCCCGUGCUCGUGCGGGAAUGCCGCGACGUUCCCGCCCGCCUCUGGGCGCGAUACGCCUAUGGCCAAGAGAGAAGUGUUCUGCUGGACAACCUGAGCGCUGAGCAAGUCACCAAGGAGGUGGAAGCCCUCGCCAAUGCCAAGGUCUAAGCGGCGAGAAGACCCAAGCGAGCAUGCUGCCCGUGUCACGGUGCUACGAUACGGCCUUUCAGAUGGCCCGGCCCGGGUUGGCAAUACAAGGCCGUUCAUAAUGGUGUCGCCCAUGAUUGAACGCUUAUAAUUCGACGGAAGUUUGAGCUGCGUGGUUUAAAUGUCAGCAGGAUAUUCCUUGUAUAUGCAGGUUUCUAACAUAAGUGUUGGUGCGAUCUUCCAACCAGACAAAUGAAGCAUUAACCCAACAAAUUGGCAUACACCUGGGACUCUUAAUAUCGAUACGGUGUUUUGCCAUAGCAGGCUUGUGGGGGUUUAGGACAAAGUUCACAAUAAAAUCUUAAGACGAAAAAGCAUGUGUCCACAAGUGCCGUGGUGACGUCACUACUACUUGGGAGGCAAACAGCUUUGUAGCUUUAACCUCGCUCAAACUGGUAAUUGUAAUUAUUUCAUGAUGGACGGCACCAAUAUAGGCAGCCAGUAUAAUGCUGUGGCCAGCACCACAAAUUGGACAUGAAUCCAUCCUACUGCUCUAAACACAACCUAUUUAAAAAUAUAAACAUUGUUCAAAAUGAUUGUAAAUAAUAAAAAUGUAUGGUUGUGAUUAUUGGAAA